AGAUUCCCUGGAUGGCCCAAAGAGACUGGAGGUGCUUUAGCAGCCAUGGGUGCUCACUUAGACUUAUCAGCUUUCUCUUCUUCUGAGGAAUUGAUGUCACUGGGAUUGGAUCGCCUCAAAUCAGCUCUCAUGGCCUUGGGCUUAAAGUGUGGAGGAACACUGGAGGAGAGAGCACAACGGCUUUUCAUGACGAAGGGCAAAUCAGUGGAGGAGCUGGACCCCUCCCUCUUUGCCAAAUCCAAGCCAGGAAAGGUAACCAAAGGCAAGGAGACCGAGAAGAUCAAAGAGCUUGCUGCUUUGGAAGCUCAGGUCUACCGACUGACAGAAAUUCUCUCAGAACAGAGAAAUGCAACUAAAGAAAAUGUACAAAGAAAACAGGCCAGACGGGAUGGUGAAGAAGAGGAGGAGGAAGAGGCAUCAGCCUCGGAAUCUGAGGAUGAAGCUGAUGAUGAGGUACCUUACAAUCCAAAGAACCUUCCUCUUGGCUGGGAUGGAAAGCCCAUUCCAUAUUGGCUCUAUAAACUUCAUGGCCUCAACAUCAGUUACAACUGUGAGAUCUGUGGAAACUUCACAUACAAGGGUCCAAAGGCAUUUCAGAGACACUUUGCUGAGUGGAGGCAUGCUCAUGGCAUGAGAUGUUUGGGUAUCCCAAACACAGCUCAUUUUGCUAAUGUUACUCAGAUUGAAGAUGCCCUCAAGCUUUGGGAGAAAUUGAAAGUCCAAAAGACAUCAGAGAGAUGGCAGUCUGAACAGGAAGAAGAAUAUGAAGAUUCACAAGGAAAUGUUGUGAAUCGGAAAACCUUUGAUGAUCUCAAGAGACAAGGUUUACUUUAGGAGGCAAUUCCAUAAGGAUUUAAAUAUUAGCGUGGGCAACUUUUUUUUUAUGGAUUGAAAAUACCAUGAUUAUAGGAAUUAGUCACUCAUGAAGAAUAGGUAAUAAAAAUUAUCAUAUAAUCUGCAUGAAAAUGCUGUUUAUAAAUGUGCAUAGUAUGUAAUACAUAUGCUCUGCAUAUUCUUGGAUAGUACAAGAAAUUAAGAACUAAAAUUAAGGAUGUGUUAAUGUAAAUGAUGAAUUUUAUGAUGAUUUUUAUAUCAAUACAGCGAUAUUCCUUCAGUAUAUUCAGAUCCUUAUUUUUUUAUUUUAACCCCUUAAUACAGUGUGCCACUUUAUAGCUUGUCACACUACAGUCUGGUAGGUGAAGCCUUGAAACGUUUGAAAUAGUUCGUUGGUCAGUGAAACUAUGAAGAAUGUAGUAAAUUCACACUUAUAAUUAGAGAUAAAUAUUUAUGAAUGUAAAUUCCUCAACCUAGUAAUAUAGUUUAAAUGUAUUAUAAUUUCUGGAAUGAAAUUAGUAACAUUUGCUUUAAAGAAAAUCAUAGUUGAUUAUGAUCGUUUAUAAAGUGAUUUGGGACAUUCAGUGUAAUCACAUAUAUACAGGUGUUCUCAAUCAGCAAGAUUACUACGAUCUCAAAAUGCUGUAUUGCCAGUUGUACAUACUCGUGAAUAUAUGAGACGAUUUUCUUUACUCUGUAUACAUUUAGCAUUUGCCCUUUCUUGGAUUUUUCAAAACUAUUUGAACUGCUUCGUUUUACAUAUUGCAGAGCAAAUUGAUGGAAUAUCCCCCCUCCAAACCAUGCCGUUGAUGUCGUGGGAAGGUGGGGGGGCUGUUGAUACAGAGACCAAGGGCCCUAUCACACUAGCACUGUCUCUUUCUGAAUUUGAGGCUUUCCGCAAUUAUCGAAUGCAAACUGAAAGCCUCCUAUACAAAGAUGGUUGCAACCGUUUCCGUUUGUGCAAUGGAGGAUCUAUACAGCUAUGAUUAUUGUUGAUAAAUUAGACAGAAUGAGUUAAUGUAAACAGAAGUUCAUACUGUUGUAUUUCUAUAAGCAAUAUCAAUCAUUAUUUCCUUUAAAAUAACGUUAUAUAUAUGAGAAUUCUUUUGUGAUUCCCGGGACCUCAGUCGGAUGUUUGUUUAUAGUAGCCGAAAAAGUGCAAGCGUGAUGGGCCCUAUGCUAUGGAUCACCCUAGCCUUGGGCCUAAGCCCUUGCCUCAACUAAUUUUGCUUGGUCUAUUCUCCCCCUUUCCUUUUCCUUCUCUUUUCCAACCUCUUCGACUAUCCACUUCCAAAUGUAUGAGAGCCAUGUUGAAUUGACGAAAGCUGCUAAUCAUGAACGGCUAUGGGGAACCCUGUGUAUGGUAUUCGUACUAAUUAUAGGCAAAUUUCAUCUGUUUUUGAACGUUUGCCGUUGAAAAGUCGUAUUGUAUAUUUGAGACCAUUUCUCCUUAUCUCAAUACUUGUACUGGAACUGUUCCCAUCUCCCUGUUCAUUCAUUUCUCGUCUGGCACUCUGUCACAUGUUGGUACUUCAAAGAAAAUCCAGGUUCUAAUUGUAGGCUGAUGGAGUUGUGUGUCCACUCUGUGACAUGAUGUCAUAGGGUGUAAAUAUUUUCCGUGUGUGAUCAUGCUUACACACAAAUGAGUCAAGAAGGCUUGGGUAAAUAAUAUGAAACAGAAAGGGCAAUUGUAUAUAAACGUUAGUACUGAGAUACAUGUAGAUAAUACGUAACACUUUACAUGAGGCAUAGUAUUGCGCACACUCGUGGUCUGUCUGUCUGUUUACAUAUCCACAACGAACAAGGGGCCACAUGAUCAUCCUUUGGAGAGGACACUGGGCGAAGAUACCGACAGUUAUACCACUAACCUCUAUCACUAGGGGGACAUAGUUGGUAGUCCCUGGAUUUGCCGCAACCUCUAACUGUCCCAACCUUUCACCAACAAUGUAAUAUUGGGUUUUGAAUUCUGACAAGCUGUCCAUCACUCAACCCAGAAAAGGGACUGAUAUGUUCAUUGUACUUGCGCUCGACUUGCUCAGCACAGGUGCACAGGGACAGAUUAACAGAGCAGUUGGCCAUACAACACUUUUGCAGGAGAACUUCUGGAUGGUCCAGGGGUGUUACGAAGUUCAAGGAAACCCCUGUCAAACUUCUCACACUGCUGAGGGCACUGUCUUGAGAAUCAGGUGCUUGCCUGCCUUGACAGCUGCCUCGGCAUGGUCAUUUUACUGUGGCUAAUGUGGCGAUGUCGCCACAUGGCGGACACCCCAGCGCUCUGUGAAGUUCCGGAAGUCAACACUGGUGAAUAAAGAUCAGGCAUCAGUUUAGAGGCGGAGAGGAAUGCAAACGUCCUGGAAGUACUUGCAGAACAUCUGGCAAACGUUGUUUCCAAACCACAGGGCACAAUGACAGACCAACCUGAGAGACUAUCUCCUAUUACCAGGAAUGACUUCCCUUGACCUGGAAGAAGUCUUUGGACAUGGACUCGAAGGGCCUCUUAGGGUGGUCAGCUGUUAUGAGGGGUCCCUGUUGUUGGCUGGGUUGCAGUAUCUGGCAUGACUCACGGGUGUAUUCUCUAAGUCUUGGGUCUGUACUCGGCCAGAAGAGUCUACAUAGGCCGGCUUUGUCAUUUCUACACUACAGUGAAUGUUAUGGAGGCAGGCUUAUGAAGACAUAAGGUGGCAGGAAUCACAAUUUGUUGACCGUACAGGACCAGCUCCCUGACUGAACAAAGACUGUCCCGUAGCUUCUAGUAGGGGAGGAUGGAGUGGUGUAGGUCAUAACUGGAUGGGAACCCAGAGGACAAAGACAAGUAAACAUCCUUAAGCAUGGUCUGCACUUGCCAUAUCUCGGAGCUCCUGAAGGGAAGGGUCCUUUCAGAAUCAUAAUUUGAUGACUCGUCCUCUGUGAUGGCAUUACAGGUAUUAACUUGUCAUACAAAUGCAGAAGCCUUUCAUCCUUUGGUGCAGGGUGGCUAACUGGGGCUCUGAAGAGGGCAUUGGGAAUACAGAGCUGUCAUUGCAUAGUGCAUAAUCAUGCAAUCUCGCAGACCACGUGUGUUCAUACCGCGUGGUCCACCACGUGUGUACCCAAGCUUGGUCACCUGCACCCAAACAUAACCCAAGCAAGCCUCGGGCAGCCGGCGGGGCCAGGGGUACUUAAGUUGACCUCGCCUGACCCAAACUCUCAUUCGCUCACACACCCUCGGUGACACGGCUCCUGAGCUGACCUCAUACCCGGCCUGCCUCUGGCGGGUCGGCCUACCUGCCAGCAUUUCGUAGUGUUCUUAUCGUAUGUUCUUCAAUAAAAGUGUGCAGUCA